AUGUUGUACAACAUCGGUGCCAUCCUCGACGUCCCAUCACCAGAGUGGUUUGGCGACUUCCCGACUUCCCUCACCGUGCAUGUCGCGUAUUCCUCAAGACCACAGCACCUGUCUACCAUGUUUGGCGGCGGCGAGCAUGGUGACCGGAUAGUCAUCUGGCACGAAGGCGGCGUAGAACAUAUCAGGAAAGACACGCAGAAGGAGCCAUGGCUCAUCAAGAUGAACCCGAAUGGCUUCAUCCCCGUCCUGGUAGAUGGCAACCGCGACAACUUCAGUUUUCGAGAGCAGCACUACGAUCUCAAGCUCAAGUUCUCGUUCGACCCGCGGAUGCGGCCGGACGAAUACAACGAGAUGCUGCAGUGGAUCUUCACGCACGGUGGCAUCGGACCGAUGCAGGGCCAAGCCAAUCACUUCCUCAGGGCCGCGCCCGAAGACAUACCCUAUGCCAAGAAGCGUGCGCCACCCUUCCGCGUCCCCGCCGGCUGUAUGGCGUGCUCGACGUCCGUCUCCGCGGGCGCGACUGGCUCGGCGGUGGCGGCGGGGCGUACAGCAUCGCAGAUAUCAGCGCGCUUUCCUGGUAACGUCAACUCGCACGGCUUUACUGGGAUCGAGAGCAUUGACGAGUGGCCCCACGUCAAGGCAUGGCUGGAGCGUACGGCUGAGCGUCCUGCGGUGAAGUCCGGGAUGCAGGUGCCUAGGCAGGCUUCGCGUCCCGUCGACGAGUGA